AUGGGCUCAUCAACUAUAUUACUACCAAAUUCCGUGUUUCACAAUCCGAUUCUCGACAUCAUUGACGAAAACAAAGCACGAAUCAUCAAACACUUGACGCAAGACUUUAUAUUAACAAAAGAGACGUUAAGUCGACUCAAGUCUGUGUUUAUUAAGGAAAUGGAUCUGGGUUUAGCUGAGGCACCGGCACGUAAAUCAUGUCUACUAAUGCAGAAUACAUUUGUGCCGGAGUUCCCCGAUGGCAGCGAGUCCGGGCACUACCUGUCCCUGGAUUUAGGAACGACUAAUUUCCGGGUCCUUUUGUCGCAGUUGGGGGAACGGGUGGCUGAUAAUGAUUUUACCGUCAAAUACUAUGACAUUCCCGAUGACUGUCGCCGAGGGUCCUCCAAAAAUUUAUUCAACUUCCUUGCCAUCAGUAUCGAGGACUUCGUGGGCCAAGUCUUACCUAAUUAUGACAAACGACUGGCCCUGGGGUUCACCUUCUCGUUUCCGAUGACAAUGAAAUCGUUAAACAUCGGAAUCCUGGAGACCUGGACCAAGAACUUUGACUGUCCGGACGCCGUGGGCGUCGACUGCGCCCGACUACUACAGGAGGCCAUAGACUCCCGGCCCUCACUGGCCGUGGAUGUGGUGGCCAUACUGAACGACUCGACGGGUACACUGGUUAAGGGGGUGUAUUUGGACGGGGAUUGCGCGGUGGGCAUGAUUUUGGGCACCGGACACAACAUGUGCUACAUUGAGAGUGUGGGCCGUAUCGGGAAGUGGACGGACAGGUCGGAGUCGGUGUACGAGGACGUGCUGGAGGUGGCCGUUAAUAUAGAGAGCGGGGCUUUUGGGGAUAACGGGGAUGAAACUAAAGGCAAAGUAUUUGCCGAGAAAUUAACCCAACGCUUAGGCUAUGCUAUGGUAACCACGGAUGACAUCGCCAUAAUCCGAUACACAUGUGCGAUGGUCACCGUACGGGCCACUCAACUCAUAUCGGCGGCGUUGGCCACCCUUAUUGACCGCAUUGACAGUAAACGGGUUACGGUUGCCAUCGAUGGCUCGCUGUAUAAAAAACACCCGAAGUUUCACCGAUUGAUGACUGACUUCACGCGAGAACUACUCGACUCUAAGAAGUCAUUUAAGUUGAUUCUGGCUGAGGAUGGCUCGGGUAAAGGUGCCGGACUGGUAGCCGCUAUUGCCCACAGGUUUUGGGCUAAGCAUAAUAAUAAUCAUCUCUGA